CUUCACGGAACGCGAAUCGAUCAACGUCACAACGCGUCCUUCAAUAACGUUCUCCCUAAUAAAACCCAAAAAACAUUCGGAAAUUUAAUAAGAAAAUUAUUAAUUAAUUUAAUAUAUUGGUGGUGCAGUUACGUGUCAAACAGUUUUACAGCGGACCAGUGAUUUAGUCAGAAAAUUGAAAAAUGGUUACCGGGCGUGUGUUGGUUUACGGUGGAAGAGGAGCUUUGGGGGCGAAAUGUGUAUCGCACCUAAAAGCGGCCAACUUUUGGGUCGCUUCAGUGGAUCUGACGGAAAAUACCGAAGCUGACGUGAAUGUGGCUGUGAAAACCGGUGAAAGUUUCGGGGAUCAGGAAGCUUCGAUCGUUUCUGCCAUUGGAAAUGCGUUGAACGAUCAGAAGUUGGAUGGGAUCUUCUGUGUGGCAGGUGGUUGGGCCGGAGGUAAUGCAUCCAAAGACCUAGCAAAAAGCUCCGAACUUAUGUGGAACCAAAGCGUUUGCAGUAGCGUCAUCGCGGCCACUCUGGCCUCGAAAUUCCUCAAAGAAGGAGGAGUUCUUCAAUUAACUGGUGCAAAAGCUGCUUUAGAUGCUACCCCUGGAAUGAUCGGAUAUGGUAUGGCCAAAGCCGCAGUCCAUCACCUUACCAAAUCGUUGGCGGGUAAAGACAGUGGCUUACCGACAAACAGCACGGUCCUAGCGAUCUUACCGAUUACUCUGGAUACCCCAAUGAACAGGAAAUGGAUGCCCAAGGCUGACUUUUCCACUUGGACUCCACUGGAGUUUAUCGCGGACUUAUUUGUUAAAUGGGCCAAAGGUGAUGACCGUCCUGACUCUGGAAGCUUAGUCCAGUUAGUCACCAAAGAGUCUAAGACCAGUUUGGUUGCGGCCUAAGGGUUUUUUUGAAAUAUGUGAAAUACAGGAUCUGGACUGAUUUUGUUGGGUCCAAUAUGUCGAUGUAAUUUAUUUUUUAAUUUAUGGUUAUGCUGCUGGAGGAGUAUGAAAUAUGCUUAGAGUCAGGUAUGCUUCGAAUAUUUUUAUUAUGAAUUUUUGUCUUGUUAUGUGGAAUAAAAUUGCAAGUUGAAAGAA